AUGGGUGCAGACGCCACUCUAGCCAUGGGUGGGACCAGGUCGCAAUCAAGGCCGUCAAUCGGGACACGAGUGCAGCCGACUAAAAUCAGGGCCGUCAUUCCAACCAUGGGUGCGGACGUCACUCGGGCCAUGGAUAAGACCAGGUCGCGAUCAAGGCCGUCGCUCUGGCCCUAG